AUAUGCACACACACGACGAUAAGAUCUGUGAAAUCUGUCCGUGUCGGCUGUCGCUCAAUCUCUCUCUCGGGUCUUCUAUCUCCUGACAUUCGUGCGAAGUGGUACGAAGGUGGUCGUUUAUUCUUAUUCGAUAUUUUUUCAUUAUUGCAUGUACAAUUUAUUACAUAUACGAAAGUUUUGGUGAAUACUAGUUACCAUUAUUUUUCUUUUCAAAAAUGGCUACUACUGAUGAUGAUACAAUAAUAGAUCAAACUUUGUCAGAGAGAUUGCUAGAGAAGGGACGAAGAUCACCAUUUCUCGUUGCAAGUUUGAUAUGUUUAGUGGGCACUUGUGGAUAUGGUGCCUAUGCUUUUAGGAAGAGAAAAAUGUCUACACAAUUAUAUUUAAUACAAUUCCGAGUUGCCGCACAAGGAUUAACAAUAGCUUGCUUGACUGUUGGAAUGGGAUAUCACAUGAUAAAGAAGCAUAUUUUACAUGAUGAAAAAGAACCAUAAUACUUAAUGUUAGAUUAAUAGUUAAUUCGUUUACUAUUAGAAUAGUAAUCAGAAAUAUAAAAAAUAUGUAGAAGUAAAAUAUGAAAAAAAUAUAAUUUAGUUUAUUACAACUUUACUGACAAACUCUAUUUUCAAUAACAUUAUUAAUUUUAUUCUUAUGAGCUAAAUAUCCCUAACAUUAUUAACUAAUAAUAAAAUAUAUUAUUUAUUAAUGAAAGCAAAAAUUGUAUUGUGAUAUUACAAUAAAUAUAGUAUAUUCAUGCAAAAAUUAUAUAUAAUUGUAAUUAUUAUUAGAGAGAUUACAUAUCUUAUUUGAGAGAAA